GUGAAAAAGAUGUAAGAGUUUUUAGCGGUUGUGUCGCUGCAGUGAGCACAGAGUUUGAUCCAUGGGAAACUUCUCUGAAUUUCCCUUCCCACUUUGCUGAUUUUCAUUGAAUCGUAGUGGUGAAUAAAGAGGGAUGUACAGAGAGAAUGUCUGUCAAUUCACAGGUUCAAAUGUGAAUAGUACAAAAUGGAAAAUCAUUUAAAAGAAAGUUGAGUUUAAGCUACUUUCCCUUCUAAAAACCACUGCCAUUGGAGAGAAGAGGUUUCUUCACCCUAGAGAGACAUAGAAGAUGUGGAGCGACAAGAGGCUUCACUCUCUCCUUGGUGCUCUCUCCAUUGGUGCUCUGAUCUACCUAAAUUUUGGGGGUGAUUUCAGCCAGUAUUUCCCAUUUCUAUGGCAACCCAAGAUGAGUUUUGUUGAAGUCAACAAUACCCAUUUCUCAGUUGAUGGGAGAGCUCUGUAUGUCAAUGGGUGGAAUUCGUACUGGUUAAUGGAGCAGAGCAUUUGGCCUUCUUCUAGACCAAAGGUCAGGAAGAUCUUCCGGCGAGCUGCUGAUAUGGGCAUGACAGUUUGUCGAACUUGGGCUUUUAAUGAUGGCGGUACCCAUGCUUUGCAGAUCUCUCCUCGUAAUUUCGAUGAGAAAGUGUUCGAGGCACUGGACUUUGUCAUCGUUGAAGCACGGAAGUACAAGAUCAGGCUGAUUCUUAGUUUAGUAAACAAUCUGAACGCAUUUGGUGGAAAGCGUCAGUAUGUGAAAUGGGCACAAGAAGAUGGAGUUAAUGUGACUUUCUCAGAUGAUUCAUUUUUCUCAGAUCUGACAAUAAAGGGCUACUUUAAGGAUUAUAUCAAGACAAUACUGACAAGAAAAAACAGUUUCAGUGGGGUUAGGUACUCUGAGGAGCCUGCCAUAUUUGCUUGGGAACUCAUUAAUGAGCCCAGAUGUGUUUCCAAUUCAUCUGCCCCUCUUCUCCAGGCUUGGAUCAAUGAGAUGGCAGCACAUAUUAAAUUUUUGGACCAUAAGCAUCUUGUAACUGUUGGCCUUGAAGGGUUUUAUGGGCCCACAACACCCGAAAAAUCAAAUGUAAAUCCUGGCAGCUGGGCAGCUUCCUUGGGAUCAGAUUUCAUUCAGGACUCAAAGUCGGAGUACAUUGAUUUUGCUUCUGUUCACUCCUAUCCUGAUAGUUGGAUCCCGAAUGCCAGGCUGGAAGAGAAGGUCAAGUAUCUUUCAAAGUGGGUUGAUUCUCAUAUAAAUGACGGGGAGAAUGUUCUGAAGAAACCAGUGCUUUUCACUGAAGUUGGUUCACUGCGUGGCAAUAUGCAUGACCCUCAUGGUGGUGGUGUUUUGUUGGAGAUAGUAUAUGAUAAGAUAUUUGAGUCAGCACGGAAGAAACAAGCAGGAGCAGGAGCCUUGGUGUGGCAGUUAACCGUCCAAGGCUUGGAUAAGUAUGGAGACGAGUUCUCUUUGGUAGCAUGGGAUCAACCUUCAAUAUAUAAACUGAUGCUUGAACAAUCUUGUCGAUUAAAAGUUUUAUGCCAGGGAUCUGAAAUGGGUAGCAAGAUUAGCAAGUCUGCUCCUUGUUCAUGAUCUGACAUACUAGAUGUGGGAUAGAUGUGAAAGGAGGAAGGGAAGGACUGGUAAUUGGGAAAGUAUGCUGUGGUCCCAUGGACUACAGGAAACUGUAGUCCAUUUCUGAUCAUGAUUUUCAGAUGAUGAAAUGACAAAUGAUGAUGGGGAGUGGGAUGCACCAUACCGAACAUGAUUCAGUGGGUUCCACACUCCAUUUUGUGUCCCAAUGAACUCUGGUUUUCCAUAGUAGAUUAGGUUAUGGUAUACUUCCAGUUGGUGAAAUAUUUGAAAUCUCAUUCUUCAAAUAUUUAGAGAGAAGCGAUUGUUUUAUCCAAUCAGGACUAUCUAUUUAAAUUGUUGGAUUUUUGGGAGAAGUAAUAAUGCUCUGAUAGGUAGGGUGGGGAUGAACAGAAGAGGACACUUCUGUACAGCAUAAUGUAAAAUUUAUUUGUUUAUUAACUUAUCGAUGAAAAAAAUUAUAUUGGCAUAUUGUGUAUCAGCUAGCAGUACUUCCGUAUAAAGGAAAUUGUUUAUUAUACUUCUGUUUGAAGGAAAUUGUUUAUUAUUUCA